AUGGGAGAUAUAGAAGAAGUUGACGAAAGCAUAGCAAAGAGAUUUCCCAGCAGCAUCUCUGCGAAUCCCCAAGGAAUCCAACCGGCCAAUAACAGAAAAUGCGGCCUCAAGAUCCGCUACCGUGGUUUCCGGGUGGAGAUCACCGACGUAGAGAGACGCGAAUCGAGAACCCAGCUCUACCUCAAAGCCGCCGAGUUCUUCCUCCAAGCCAAGAACAUCGAGGACUGCCGGAAAAAUGCUUGUCGGGCACAAGCAUUGGACCCAAUCCACCCCGGUCCGACCCAACUGCUCGCUAUAGCAGCCGUCAUCUCUGCGACGGAAGACGGCGCUUCAGGUCAGCGGCCCGACUAUUAUUCAAUACUCGGCGUCCUUCGCUUCACCGGAGAUUUUGACCUCAUUAAAACCCGCGUCGAAAAACUCUAUGACAUUUUAAGCCCAAGAGAAAACCACUUUGCUUUAGCGGAAGAGGCGUAUCGACUCGUCGUUGAUGCCGAGUUAGUGCUUUUUGUGCCGGCAAAGAGAGCUCUGUUCGACGAGGAGCUGAAAAUAAAUCUGAAAUUUAAAAGCGAGUCGGAACACAACUUCUGGACUAUGUGUCCCUACUGCUACUAUGUGUAUGAGUAUCCUAUGGUUUUCAUAGAUUGGUGA